AUGCUGCCCGUGACCCGUGUCCUAGCCUUCGGUGCUUGGCUGGUGGCUCAGAGCAAGGCUACACCAAGUGCCCCCACAAUCUCCAUCUUCCUGAAGCCGCCUGGGCUGAUCGCACCGGGAGGCUCCACCACCAUCUGCUGCAGUUGCCAGUGUGACAGUGGGAACUUUGUGCUGUACAAGGAUGGCCACCAGCUCCGUGCCCUGGAGCUGCGUGGCAGCAGGGCCGAGUUCUCCAUCUCUAAUGCCACUCGAGAGGACACGGGCGCCUACAGCUGCCAUUACCUGGAGAGAGGCACUGUGCUGGCUCGCAGCGAAACCCUGGAUGUCAGGGUGCAAGAGUUACGUCUCCCCAAACCUGUCCUCUCUGUCCUACCUGGGCCUGAGGUGGCUGCAGGGACUUACGUGACGUUCCGCUGCGCCAUCGCGCACUCCGGUGCUGGCUGUUUCCUCUACCUGGAGGGCCAGGUUGAAGCCUUCAAUUUGCCCCCAAAGGAACAUGACUUCAACCUCUCCCAUGUGCAUAAAAGCAACGAGGGCCGCUACAGCUGCCAGUGUUUCACCAGGAAUGUUUCAUUCCAAUGGUCUGCUGUCAGCAGGACCCUGGAUUUGGUGGUGAGAG